GACAAAGUGUUAAUGAAGUAGUUACAACAAAAACGAUUAAAAAUACGGAUAGGUGGAGUUGUAUAUGAUCCAAGCAAAGAAGGUAAAAGAAAGUAUUAAAAAUUGGUGAUUGGUUGAGGAGAGAAUAAUGUGAAUGGUGGCAGCAAUGGCGGCUCCUAAGAAUCAUCGGAUCUGCAGCUGACACCUACUCUAUUGUAUCCUUGUUUCUCUGUUUCCCGAAAACAACAACAGCAGUUUCUGGUUAGGAUGGGAAUUUCAUGGAGUAAUAGUAACAGUAACAGAAGAAGAAGAAGAAUAAAUACUUACUUUCACCCUCCACAUCUUCCACCCCCAUACUAUUACCAUCCCCCGCCACCGCCACCGCCACCGCCACAAGGUUACUUUAUUGCCUCAACCAACCCUUAUGCUUCCACCACAGGCUACGUGGGUCCUCCUCCUACUCAGUAUUACCCAAAUGGUGUCAAUUCUGUGAUGCUUCAUCAGCAGCCCUUAGCAAGUGGAAUUCUUGCUUCGCCACCACCCUAUGUUGAUCAUCAAGCUACUAAGAAGAUAAGGAACGAUGUCAAUUUGCAUAAACACACUCUGCGCCUCCACCUUGAUCCUAACAAUUCAGAUCACCACUUGAUUUCCUUUGAUUUCGAUGCCCUCUAUGAUGGCAGCAUUACAAUUUUCUACUUGGCCAAAGAAGAAGAAAAAUGUAGGUUUAUUCCACUAUUUCCUGAUGUGUUCGAGCCAAUCACAUUCCCCUUUCAAAAAGGAGCUGGCCAGAAAUUUUGUCAGCCUUCUGGAACAGGCAUUGACCUAGGUUUUUUUGAGUUGGAUGAUCUUUCUCUGCCCUCACCCGAAGAAGAUGUGUUUCCCCUGGUUAUAUGUGCUGAAACUACUAGUAAUUCCGUAAUAGAUGCAUCUCCUCACAUGCAAAUUACUCAAGCUGUCUUAGAGAAAAGCAAUGGUAUUGGUCCUUUCCAGGUAAAAGUAGUUAGGCAGAUUCUGUGGAUUGAUGAUAUUCGUUAUGAGCUGAGAGAGUUAUAUGGAAUAGGAAGUUCAACAGUAGCAGAUUUUGAUGAUAAUGAUCCUGGGAAGGAGUGUGUAAUAUGCAUGACUGAACCCAAGGACACUGCUGUCUUACCCUGCCGACAUAUGUGUAUGUGCGGUGAUUGUGCCAAAGCUUUGCGGCUUCAAUCAAAUAAAUGCCCUAUAUGUCGUCAACCAAUUGAGGAACUAAUAGAGAUCAAGAUAAACAAUGGCAACGAGUGACAGGUUUUUGCCUGAUGCGAAGCUGAAUUUCAUGGUAUUUUUAUUUUGUCUUUGUAAAUUGCAGUCAAUAAUCUGUUUAUAGUUCAUAUGUUUGUGAUCAAAGAGAAAAAAGAUCAUAUGUGCUUUUACUAUUAUUGAAUGCUACUCUCGUGUCAUCAAUAUUGUACAGAUUAUUAUUUUUUAUUUUUCUGUGUGAGUGAUAUUUAAGAUAGGAUCAUUUGUAGGUCUGAUUUGGUUAGCCGGAAAACAUUCAUUAUGUAUCUUGAGGCUAAAGGUUCCUCUAAUGAAUUAUGUUUGAAAAUUAUAUAUGAAGGUUAAAUUUAAUCA